GCAAUCUUAUCAGCAGACGCCUAUAAACUUUGGAAUGGCUAUAAGUGACUUUCUUUUUGUAUUCUUGUUUGUCAAUUUAAUGGCAGUUUAGUUGAGAAAGUUUCGAGACUUGUUAUAUUUUGCUAGUUCAUCAUAAAUACUUUUUAAUAACAUUCAACAGAAUGAUUACGUUUCAAUCAGAGGAAUUGUUUGGUGCAUUUUUAGUCUUUGUUGUUGUUUUUAUAAUCAUUUUACUACUCGAUUUAUUUUACCGCCAGUAUUAUUCACGCGAUGUAGAGAAAACGGUCUAUGUAAAACAUUAUACAGUUCGUUUUCAUUUGAAAAAACUAUUGGCUCGAUUGCUUUUGAAAUUGAACAGACGAGAAGCGACACCAGAUAAUGUUGUCGAUAAGUUACAAAUUUUUUCAGACACCGAUCCCAUGCCAGUUGAUGCGGUAUUUUUCAAUACAAGUUCAAUGAGCCGACAAAUUGUUGUAUUUUCUGCUGCAAAACGAAGAAAUGGACUCGUAAAUUCAAUGGGUUUCUUAAGAGUGCCAGAUUUCAGUGAUAAUUUGCUAACAUUUCCAUCAUUUCCCGAUACAUCCCUCUAUCAGACUGAAUCAGAACAGAAGGAUCUCAGUUGCUAUGGCGUGGCUGGAUUAAAAAUAACACCAGUUGUACCGAAUAGAGAAUAUCAUCUCGAGUACAAUGGAAAAAUGCGAUUGGAAUCGGCACCGUACAAAGAAGUCGACAUUGAAUUGAAUGUAUUUUGGCGUUCAAAGUUACCCGCAUUCAAUUUUAGUACCGGUUUAAGUAAAAUUGCAAUGUCAACAGCAAUGGCCCUUCAACCAUGGUCGAGAAAAUAUUUUGAACAUUUGAAAAGACAUCAUCAAACACAUUUCGAGCAAUACGGCGAUGUCGACGGUGUUGCAAAGAUAAAUGGCAAAGAUUACCCGAUAAAUACAAGUGGCUUGCGUGAUCGUACAUUUGGUGCUAUACGAGAUUGGAAUCAAUAUCAUCGAUACGCCAUCCAUAUGUUUCGCUUGGACAAUGGCGAUGCAAUAACCGUCGGUGUAAUAUGUGUCCCGAUCAUGUUUACAAGACUUGUUAUCGGUUUUGUGACAAAGGCAAAUGAUAACGUUAACAUUCCAAUCGAUAAUUGUUCAUUUGAUUUGAACGAAUACCAAAGAUACAACCCACCCGAGAAUUAUGAGUUUGAUUUCAUUGCAAACAACGAUUCAUAUCGAGUACAUGUGAAACGGCAUACAAAGGCGAAAAUUUAUAUGGGAGAACAAUCGGAAUGCUGUUUGGUUGAGACAUGGUGCGAUUUCAAAGUGAAUGGCAUUAAAGGAUGGGGAGCUUGCGAAUGGCAAUAUAAACAUGAUAAUGAACAACAAAAGUGAUUUAUCUUUUGCGAAUUCUUACAUUUCUUACAUUUAUUUUUUACAAUUAUGAAUAACGAGAUAACAUCUAUUGUUUACUGAAAUAUAUAAAUAUCACGAAAAUAGAAUUGACUGAUUAGUGUGUAAUAUUUGGUGUUGUGAAAGUUUGUUGCUGCAUUUAAAGGUAUCCACGACGGAAUCGUCCGAAACCUCGUCGGAAUCGACCAAAGCGACCUGGAAAUGCGCCCCCAUAGCCUAUACGUGAAAAAUUCGAGAUUUUUUUUUAGAUUAUUUUGUCGAAAAUUUGAUUUUACUUCAAUUUGGUUCAUAAUCAUUUUUGAAUAAGUACCUCCAUAGCCGCCUGGAUAUCCUCCGGAUAAGCCAGGUCCACCGAAACUAGAACCACCAAAACCAGGACCGCCAAAUGAACCAGGACCCCCGAAACCGGCUCCGCCGGGAUAUCCACCAUAGACGCCGGGUGCACCACCAAAGGACUGCCCUCCCAAACCACCAAAACCAGGACCGCCAAUACCAUUACCAAAUGCAGUACCGCGGAAAGCUUCACGAGCAAAUCCCCCAACCGCUCCUCCCAACGCCGAACCGGCAAUUUGACCGAGUCCACGUUGCGGUUCUGCAUUGGCAGAAAAUUGAUUACUUAAAAUCGACAGCACCACAAAUAGCACAAUUGUUUCAACCAAACUCUGUAAAAAAAAUAUCGUUAAACAUCGAAUAUAUUGAAACUGAUGAUUAAAACAAA